AUGGAUCAAAAACAUUCGCCAUACGAAACUGUGCCGAUCACAGACGACCGUGACCAUGAAGAGUCGCUCUCCAUGACCGAGGUCGAUGAGUCGCUCAUGGGGGAUGAGAAGCCUUGGGCGCAACAAGGGGGCAGGCGAUCACGAGAAACGAAAUCGUGGCUGGCGGCGUUUCGGUCGCACCGGUGGCUGAUUGACACGUCUCUCUUGGUUGUAAUUUUGGUUCUUGUACUCCUGCUACACCGAGAAAGGAGGAAAGAUCCGUCCACGACACCACAGCAAGUCGGAGGCGAUUUCGGUGGCAACGGCCCUCAAUUUGCGACGCAAGUCGUCAAGUUCGAAUCCGAUAUGUCAUUUACGCCCAUGAACACGACCGAGUGGUUCUCAAACGACACACUUGCUCGUUGGAAUACUAUUAUGCCUGCUGGCACUGGCUGGGGAUCCUCCGAAGGAACCUUCUUCACCACAUCCAUGACCCAUCAGUUGCACUGUGUAUUCAUGAUGGGCCGGAUCUACUCUGGAGUCAAAGCGGGCAUGGCCGACAAUCUCCCAGAUGACUACCACUUCCAUUUCAUGCACUGCAUUGACUACCUCCGCCAAGGCAUCAUGUGCACCGGGGACCUGGCUCUUGAGCCGCAUGAGCCCAACGAGUCGGAGCAAAGCGGCGGCUUGGACGGGGGGUGGAAUGGACAUCAUGUGUGCAAGGACUACAGUCAGGUCAUCAAGUACCUAGAGAAGGAGAUCACCAGCGGCGUUCGAGUGGUGUUGGACAUAGACGACUAG